AUGCCUAAGUCAAAGGAACUUGUAUCUUCAAGCUCAUCUGCGAGUGACUCAGAUAGCGAAGUUGACAAAAAGGCCAAGCGGAAAAAGCAAGCAGCUCCAGAAAAGCCUGUAAAGAAACAAAAGACUGGUGAAAGUUCAAAAGGUGCAGCUUCUUCUAAGCAAAGCAGUAACAGAGACGAGAAUAUGUUUCAGAUUGGCAAAAUGAGAUAUGUCAGUGUUCGUGACUUUAAAGGGAAAGUCUUAAUUGAUAUUAGAGAAUAUUGGAUGGAUCAAGAAGGUGAAAUGAAGCCUGGAAGAAAAGGUAUUUCUUUGAAUCCAGAACAGUGGAACCAGCUGAAGGAACAAAUUUCUGAUAUUGAUGAUGCAGUAAGAAAACUGUAAAGACAAAGCCAUACAGAAACUUUUAUCAUUUCAGUUGUUACAAGCGGUCUUUUUACAUUGGCUUUUGUUUUCUAAAAUAUUGUUUUCCAAGCUAUUGUAUAUUUGGAUUGCAAAACAAUUUGUAAGAUGAAUACUUUUUUUAUGUGCAUUAAAAGUGUAUUCUGAGUGAAGCUAUUUGUGUAUACUUUACUAAAAGGAGAUGUGUUGCUUUCACCUCAUGAUGUAAAAUAAACAAAUCAAAUAAUAUGUAAAGCA